AUGGCCUACCAAAUGGAGAGAGGAGGAGAUUCCUCUCCACAGAGGAAAACUGCAGGGAGAGGAAAGAUCGAAAUCAAACGGAUCGAAAACACAACAAACCGUCAAGUCACUUUCUGCAAACGCAGAAAUGGUUUGCUAAAGAAAGCUUACGAACUCUCUGUUCUUUGUGAUGCUGAAGUCGCACUCAUUGUCUUCUCUAGCCGUGGCCGUCUCUAUGAGUACUCAAACAACAGUGUCAAAAGGACAAUUGAGAGGUACAAGAAGGCAAUCUCGGAUAAUUCUAACACUGGAUCUGUGGCAGAAAUUAACGCACAGUAUUAUCAACAAGAAUCGGCCAAGUUGCGUCAACAGAUUAUCAGUAUACAAAAUUCGAACAGGCAAUUGAUGGGUGAGACGAUAGGGUCAAUGUCACCCAAGGAACUUAGGAAUUUGGAAGGCAGGUUGGACAGAAGUAUCAACCGAAUACGAUCCAAAAAGAAUGAACUCUUAUUCGCCGAAAUUGACUACAUGCAAAAGAGAGAAGUUGAUUUGCAUAACGAUAACCAGCUACUUCGUGCAAAGAUAGCUGAAAAUGAGAGGAACAAUCCAAGUAUGAAUCUGAUGCCAGGAGGAUCUAACUACGAGCAUAUUAUAACACCGCCUCAAACGCACCCUCAGCCGUUUGAUUCACGGAACUAUUUCCAAGUCGCGGCAUUGCAACCUAACAAUCAACAUUACUCAUCUGCUGGUCGCCAAGACCAAAUAGCUCUUCAGUUGGUGUAA